GUCUACUUAUCAUUAAUAGCAUGGGUUGGGUGCACCGUGACAUCAGCACCGGCAAUAUUCUGGUGUACGAUGGACGCGGAUUGUUAACUGACUUCGAGUACGCCAAACGUUGGGAUACCGAGGAGCAUACUAGUCAUCAGAUGCGUACGGGUACAGAGUAUUUCAUGUCGUUGGAGGUUGACGCCCAUGAGUAUCUCUUUCAAAUUCAGGGCGUAGGACGACCAGAGACCAUACCUCACAGAGGAGGGAAAAAAUCGUUUACGAAGCUCGUGGGAGCACUCCCAUCGCAUUUUGAAACCCAAGUCAAGCCAGCCCUCCCUUUCCGGUAUCACCCGCUGAACGACUGGGAGUCACUUUUCUGGGUGUCCAUGUACAUGAUGGUCAUCGACAGGAUUGUGAAGCCGACGAAGAACCAACCUCAACAGACAUCUGACAAGCUCGAGAAACAGCGCGCACUUGCUCGUGGUCUAUUCUACAGCUACAAAGAGCGGUCAGUGAAGUUUUCCCAAGCGGCGGCGAACCAGGUGGACCCCUUCAAGGAGACACUCCUCGAUUGUCUUCAUGAUGACCUCAAACAUGUCGCGACGGCACUGGGAAACAUCAGAGUGGCGUUGCUCAAUGCUUACCGGGAGGUCGAAGCGAAUCCAGACCAACAUCCUGAUGGGGCAGUAUCCGUCGACAUCAUCUGGGAUACAAUUCCUUCGCAAUAUAACAAGAUCUGUCAAAUCUUGGACGCCCAAGACAUUACGGUUGAACGCCUCCCGGUCCGACAAGGUCUCAAAGCUGCUUAGGCGGGGGACGGACGUAAGCGAGGAGUCCCGUGUAUCGCACCAUGUCCUGCUAUGUCUCUAAGUGUAUUAUGCACACGCGGCAAUGUAUACCUUCGUCUUUGUCGCUUG